UUUUUCCUUGGAAAUUAAAAGUACAGUAGACGCUUUCAAAACCUUCCAUAACUCUUAAUAACACGCAGUAGAACGACCAAAAAUCUUCCCCAAAUUAAAACCCUAAAGGAACAUGUCAGAGUUACAGCCACCACCACCUCCGCCACCCCCUCCACCCCUAGGAUCCAUAAAUGGGCUAGUACUAGGAUCAAGAGAAGGAAUUACCACCACCACCAUAACAACAACAGCAGCAGCAACAGUUGGAAUUCCUCUAUCUUCAGACAGACAGCUACAGCAGCAACAAUCUUUAGGUACAAAGCGACAACGAAGACCAAGUGUAAGAUUAGGUGAUAUAGGAGAUCAUAAUCAAACAGCAGCAACAACACAUUCUUACGAAUCUUAUCUAAGAAGAACAACAAAACAACAAUGGAAAGAUCAUAAUAGUAAUACUCAUAACAAUUUCUCAUAUCGUCAUCCUUCUCAUUUUCUUAAAGAUCCUAAAUCAUCAAAGACCAGACCUUUAACCAAUUUAACCAAUGCAGAAGAAACCUUUGAUGGUGGUGAUGGAAAGUUGAACAAACCUAGAAGAAGUGGGGUUAAAAGGGUUCGAUCCAAUUGGGUAUCUAAUGAUGGAAUUAGAGACUUGGAUGACAAUUCUGAUACCCCUUUGAAGGAAUUAGGUGUAACUAGCCCAAUUCAAUCAAUUGAAGAAAACCCUAGGAAACAAAUUAGGGGUUCUAGGAUUGGGGAAUCGGAUGGUGAUGAUGAUGACGAUAAUGAUGAGACGCCGCGGUUUAUUAUCGAAGAUGGUGUUCAGAAUUGGCUUAAUGGAUUGGGAUUAGGAAGGUAUGGACCUGUUUUUGAAAUACAUGAAGUGGAUGAAGAAGUGUUGCCAUUGUUAACAUUGGAUGAUCUUAAAGAUAUGGGUAUUAAUGCUGUUGGUUCAAGGAGGAAAAUGUAUUGCGCGAUUGAAAAGCUUGGAAAAGGUUUUUCUUGAGACGGAGGCAGGGGCGGAGCCAGAAUUCUAGAAACGGGUGGGCAAGUUACCAAUCAGUGCACAUUUGAGGGAUGCAAAAGUGUUAAAAUGGCUAAAAUGGAGGGAAAUUCGUUUAAAUUAGGCUUGGAAUCUCACAUUUGAGGGGGUGCAAUUGCACACCCACCUCUCAAUGUGGCUCUGCCCCUGGCAGGAGGUUCAUUCAGGUGUCGGGGUAAUAUGAUGUCGUGGUGUUGCCAUUUCUAUACUCCUGAACGUAUAGGAUGCCCCAUGGUCUCCGUGAUACGCCU